UGGAUCUGGGAGGCCUGUCCUGGGAGGCACGGGGAGCAGCCGGGUCCCGCGGCCUGUACGUUCCCAUGACUUGGGUCAGACAGGCCUGGGCAGCAUCCCCCAGCCUGCGGGACAGGGGCGGCCAGAAAGCCCCCAGAGUUCCUCCUCCCUGUGACCAGGUGCAUCUAGUGGGACGGGAGCUGCCUCUGCAGGCAUCCAGCAAAGCUUUAUCGCGGGUCCACAGCCGCCUGGGCGUUGAUCUCAGCGACUCAGGGCUCCCAGGACCACAGAUGCCCUGGAUCAGCACUCCGGCGGCUCCAGCUCCGUCCAGGCACACCCUCGCGGUGGGGAGCCGUGGCCCUGGGCACACAGGGCAGGCACCUCACGUCCUGGUGUCAGGAAGUCCCCAGCAUGGUUUUACUACAUGUCAUGGAGGAAAGCUCAGAGCUCCCAUGCCCUUCCGGGGCACCACCUUCCAGGAACCUGCCUGCGUUCCGCUUCUGGGCACCCGAAAAGUCGCGCAGUGGCUGAUUCAGGGUCGAGGAGCUGUGAGGAUGAGGUUUCCCACCAAGUUGGGACAGAAAAUGGGGCCCUGGGGUCUCAGCAAACCAUGGCCCUCAGGACCAAACCUGGCGUCCGCCCCAUUGUGAGUGAAGCGUUAUUGGCACAGCCACACCCAAGUCUCCGGAUCAUCCGUAGCUGCUUGGUUUGGUUUGGUUUUGUUUUUGAGACACAGUCUUGUGUUGCCCAGGCUGGAGUGCAGUGGUACGAUCUCGCCUCCUGGGUUCAAGUGAUUCUCCUGCCUCAGCCUCCUGAGUAGCUGGGACUACAGGCUCCCACCACCAUGCCCAGCUGAUUUUUGUAUUUUUAGUAGAGAUGGGGUUUCACCAUGUUGGCCAGGAUGGUCUCGAACUCCCAACCUCAGGUGAUCGCCUGCCUCGGCCUCCCAAAGUGCUGGGAUUACAGGCAUGAGCCGCCGCGCCCGGCCUAAAUUUUUUUAUUUUUGAGACAGGGUCUUGCUCUGUCACCCAGGCUGAAGAGCAGUGGUGCAAUUACGGCUCACUGCAGCCCCAACCUCCUGGGCUCAAGCGAUCCUCCUGCCCCAGUCUCUCAAAAUGCUGGGAUUACAGGUGUGAGCCACCGCCUUCGGCCAGUGUCUUUAUUCAUGAAGACCAAAAACUAGAACAGCGCAAAUAUCCGUCCGCUGGUGAAUGCAUAAACACAGUGUGGUCCAGCCACACAAUGGGAUGUGACACAGCCACAAAAAGGAGCGAGGCUCUGACACAGGCCACAGCCUGGAUGCACCUUGAGGACGUCACGGUGGGAGAGACGCCAAUGCAACAGGUCCUGUGUGAUUCCACUCCUGGGAGGUCCCUAGAGUCCGAUUCAGAGGCAGGAAGUAGUGGCCGGGCACGGUGGCUCAUGCCUGUAAUCCCAGCACUGGGAGGCCGAGGUGGGUGGAUCACCUGAGGUCGGGAGUUUGAGACCAGCCUGGUCAACAUGGUGAAACCUCGUCUCUACUAAGAAUACGAAAAUUAGCCGGGCGUAGUGGUGGGCACCUGUAGUCCCAGCUACUCGGGAGGCUGAGGCCGGAGAAUGGCGUGAACCCGGGAGGCAGAGCUUGCAGUGAGCCGAGAUCACGCCACUGCACUCCAGCCUGGGCGACAGAGCGAGACUCCAUCUCUGAAAAAAAAAAAAAAAAAAAAGUGUUACUUUUUCAGGUGUGAUGAUGGUAGUGUGGCUUCAUCUCGAGUCCUCUUUGAGAAACACUUUCUAAAAUGCUCAAGGAUGGAGGGUGGAGGGUAUGCAGCAGUGGGCGGGGCUGUGACCGUCACCUCCCCCACAGGAAGCGCGUGUGGGGAGGCUCGGGGCUGGGGCCAGCACCCACACUGGGUCUCCACAGCGGCAUGGAGGCCUGUGUGUCUUCACUGCUGGUGCUGGCCCUGGGGACCCUGUCGGUAGGCAGCUCCUUUGAGACCCAGAUCAUCGGGGGCCGGGAGGUGAUCCCCCACUCGCGCCCGUACAUGGCCUCACUGCAGAGAAAUGGCUCCCACCUGUGCGGGGGUGUCCUGGUGCACCCAAAGUGGGUGCUGACGGCUGCCCACUGCCUGGCCCAGCGGAUGGCCCAGCUGAGGCUGGUGCUGGGGCUCCACACCCUGGACAGCCCCGGUCUCACCUUCCGCAUCAAGGCAGCCAUCCAGCACCCUCGCUACAAGCCGGUCCCUGCCCUGGAGAACGACCUCGCGCUGCUUCAGCUGGACGGGAAAGUGAAGCCCAGCCGGACCAUCCGGCCGUUGGCCCUGCCCAGUAAGCGCCAGGUGGUGGCAGCAGGGACUCGGUGCAGCAUGGCCGGCUGGGGGCUGACCCACCAGGGCGGGCGCCUGUCCCGGGUGCUGCGGGAGCUGGACCUCCAAGUACUGGACACCCGCAUGUGUAACAACAGCCGCUUCUGGAACGGCAGCCUCUCCCCCUGCAUGGUCUGCCUGGCGGCCAACUCCAAGGACCAGGCUCCCUGCAAGGGUGACUCGGGCGGGCCCCUGGUGUGUGGCAAAGGCCAGGUGUUGGCUGGAGUCCUGUCCUUCAGCUCCAGGGUCUGCACCGACAUCUUCAAGCCCCCCGUGGCCACCGCUGUGGCGCCUUACGUGUCCUGGAUCAGGAAGGUCACCGGCCGAUCGGCCUGAUGCCCUGGGGUGAUGGGGACCCCCUCGCUGUCUCCACAGGACCCUUCCCCUCCAGGGGUGCAGUGGGGUGGGUGAGGACGGGUGGGAGGGACAGGGAGGGGACCAAUAAAUCAUAAUGAAGAAACGCUCAGAGCCCGCCUGAGUCCCAGCCCACCUCUGUCCAUGCUGGCUGUGGGGCCUCCGACAAACCUGUUUCCCUGGGGUUUUUAUUAUUAUUAUUAUUAUUAUUAUUAUUAUUAUUAUUGAGACGGAAUCUCGC